UUAACCCUCAUUUAGACGGUGUUCCGCCCGAACAGAAGCCGCAGAACCAAGCACUGUGAGUUACGGGGAAAUUGGGAGUGGAUCAAGGGUUGCUCCGCCGGCGGGGAAUCUACCAAAGAAGCAGCGGAGAUCUCCCGUAACCCACGCGGCUGAAGGGAAAACAAAUUGGCGGUGUGUUAUCGUCAGCGAAAACUAAUGAAAAAGUGUCCGACUACGUGAACGUCGAAGCAAAUGCCGUAAGGAGUAAAAAUAGUAUAUAUUACCUUUAUUCACAUAUGCAUCCAUCUUCAUUAGAUCAUUGGUCUCACAUGGUGUACCACGCUCCAUCGGUUCCUGUGGGACAUGCAGUGGCAUCACAUUCCCAAGUUCAAAUGAAUCUUCCAUCUCCAGAAUUUAUUGGCUCCUAUUAUAAUGCCUCAUAUAAUAAGGGACCUUCCGCAGCCAUACAAGUACCUCAAACUGUUUGCCAUUUUCCAGCUUAUCAAGAACAAUAUACUCCAUCGUAUGCAAGUGCAGACACAGCUGUGUACUUGCCUUCAUCGACAAUAUUAUAUAACAAUGUUUUGUCCCACCAUCAGUAUGAUCCAAUUCUAUCAGUCAACCAGCGGCUGAAGACGAGAUUUGAUUUCAGCAGACUAGCUGAAUCUGCGACUACUGCAGAUGUACCUCCGUUGGGAACUAUUGGAGGUCCUCCUGAUGACCCCUUCGGAACACUUGUGGCUUCAUGGUGCCCACUAGGAAUGAAUCAUAGAUACGGAAACUCAAGGACUGGUAUGUUACCUAAUGGAGGUUCUACAAGACCAAGGAAAGAAUUCAUCUGUAAAUUCUGCCAGCGCAGGUUUACGAAAUCGUACAACCUUCUCAUUCAUGAAAGAACUCACACAGAUGAGCGACCGUACACCUGUGAUAUCUGUCACAAGUCCUUCAGGAGGCAAGAUCAUCUCAGAGAUCAUAGGUACAUACAUUCAAAAGAAAAACCGUUUAAGUGCACAGACUGUGGGAAAGGAUUUUGCCAAUCCAGAACAUUGGCUGUACAUAGAAUACUCCACAUGGAAGAUUCUCCUCACAAGUGUGCCACAUGUGGCCGAACCUUCAAUCAAAGAAGUAACUUAAAAACACAUCUAUUAACACACACCGAUAUAAAGCCUUACAAUUGCUCAUCUUGUGGAAAAGAAUUCAGAAGAAAUUGCGAUCUUCGACGUCACACGCUAACGCACGCUUCUAGCGGAGGCUGCGAAAACAACAAGAAUUCAUCAUUUAUUUAUUCCCCGAUAGAUGGCGCACCUCAAUCACCAGCUAGCGUUUGUGAUUCUGGUCUCGAAAGCGGAGAUCAAGAUCCUGGUUAUGAUGAGGAUGAUGAGGACAGUGAUACCUCAUCAACCCAUGAAAAUGAGAUAGUAGAUGUGGAAAAUUAAAAGACAUCUAGUUUUCAUCUGUUAUGUCCAGUUACGUUUUGUUGCAUCAUCAAAAACUGUAUUGGUUCAAAUCUGAGUGAGAUGAUGGCUAAACCCAAAAAAUGCCCUUCUAAAAACCAUGCUCAUCUCACAUUCGCAAUGAUAAACUCCCAGUGUUAAAAAAAGCAUAUUUACUUAGCUUUAUCCUAAGGUAUGGUAAUUAGAAGUUUUAAUUUUAGAACAGAUUUAGAAUGUAAAGAUGUAUACGUAUAAUGUACAGCUGUAUUUUAUGCAAGCUUCCCUCUCUUUUCCCCCAUUUUUGUAAAAUGCUUCGAAAAUGUAAGGUUCUUUUAUGUGCGAUACACAAUCGGUAUGUAAUAAAACUUUUCGUGGGUAAGAUAUAUGUGACACAAAAUGCGCUAAAGAUCUAUGUACCAAAUAUGUUGUUAUAAUAACAAUAUAAAAUGAAAUUAUAUUUCUAAGACGAAUAUUUAUACUAUAGCUAUGUUAAAGAACAUUCGCAGUUUUGUACCAGUACUCAUGUAAAUGAAAUGGCAUUUAUGGUUCAGGGAGUGGUUAUUUAAAAUUUUGAAUCUUCCAAACUUAUUCAACUCGAAUAUCAAUCAAUUGUUGCAGUUAAUCGCUGAUUUUUAAGAUGUGUUUUAAUAGCUCUGAACAUGUACUUUUCUCAAAACAAAAUUUAGUAAACAAAUUCUCAAUGCUUGAUAUACUGUGAGAAAGUUACAAAAUAAAAGUUAAAAUGUAUUAGUCACUGAUUUCUAAAGUUAAUAAAUAUUAUAAUAAAAUAAUAAUUAAUAAAUAUUAAUUUUAAAUAUCGAAAUUAAAUUCUA